GCCUCAGGGAGCCAUGUACAGGGUAUGGCUGAGGCGGCUCGUGGUGGUGGCCGUGGAGGCCGAUUGAGGCAAGGAGACGCCUGCGAGUUGGGAGGGAUGGUAACGAAUACCAGCCGCUUGGAGAAGAGUAAAUAAAUAAAUAAAGAGCCGUGCACCCCCCGCUUCCCCAGCCCAGCGGCGGUGCCGGGAGCGCGCUCUCGGGCCAGCGCUUCGUCCCCUCAGAUAGCUUACACCGGCAGGGGCGGGAAGGGGCGGCGUCCACCGGGCCGGGGGCGGGGCCUAGGCGGCGGCAGAGGCAGCCGGUACCCAGACAUCUGGGACUGUUGUUGUUCUCCCGCCGCGCGACCGCCUCAGUCAGGUCGCCCGGAGACCCGGACCCGGUCGACUGAGGAGACCGGCUGCCGUAUCCCUCCCGGUUCCCGAAAGCUGCGCUAGGAGCGGGCGCCCACACCCUGCAGUCGGUCUCCGAUGCCCUUCAGUGAGGAGGGGGCAGCCGGACCCUGGUGAGCGGCACCCAGGCGCCACCCCCCAACUCCCAAGUGGUGACUUCGUCGACCCCUCAGGCCCGCAGCCUCGUUGCCAUGGCUGAAAACGCCGAGGGGGACCUGAACUCCAACCUGCUCCACGCUCCCUACAACACUGGGGACCCGCAGCUAGACACGGCCAUCGGGCAGUGGCUCCGUUGGGAUAAGAAUCCCAAAACAAAAGAGCAAAUUGAAAAUCUGUUACGGAAUGGGAUGAACAAGGAACUGCGAGAUCGUCUUUGUGGCCGAAUGACUUUUGGGACUGCAGGACUUCGUUCUGCCAUGGGAGCAGGGUUUUGCUAUAUUAAUGACCUUACAGUAAUACAGUCAACGCAAGGGAUGUACAAAUAUCUUGAAAGAUGUUUCUCCGAUUUCAAGCAGAGAGGCUUUGUGGUUGGGUAUGACACUCGGGGUCAAGUAACCAGCAGCUGCAGCAGCCAGAGGCUUGCUAAGCUCACUGCUGCAGUCCUACUGGCUAAAGAUGUUCCUGUGUACCUUUUCUCCAGAUAUGUCCCUACACCUUUUGUACCAUAUGCAGUCCAAGAACUCAAAGCAGUUGCAGGUGUGAUGAUUACCGCAUCUCACAACCGUAAGGAAGACAAUGGAUAUAAGGUUUAUUGGGAAACUGGUGCUCAGAUCACAUCUCCUCAUGAUAAAGAAAUUCUGAAAUGCAUAGAAGAAUGUGUAGAACCCUGGAACGGUUCCUGGAAUGAUAACUUAGUGGACACCAGCCCACUGAAGAGAGAUCCUCUGCAGGAGAUUUGCAGGAGAUACAUGGAAGAUCUAAAGAAGAUCUGCUUUUACAGGGAAUUAAACUCAAAAAACAGCUUAAAAUUUGUGCAUACUUCUUUUCAUGGAGUGGGACAUGACUACGUACAGAUGGCUUUUCAAGUGUUUGGUUUCAAGCCUCCAAUUCCAGUUCCAGAACAAAAAGACCCUGAUCCAGAGUUUUCUACUGUUAAAUGCCCAAAUCCUGAGGAAGGAGAAUCUGUGCUGGAACUUUCCCUGAGACUGGCAGAGAAAGAAAAUGCCCGGAUUGUACUAGCCACGGACCCCGAUGCAGACCGGCUAGCAGCAGCAGAACUUCAGGAGAACGGUCAUUGGAAGGUUUUCACAGGAAAUGAGCUGGCGGCUUUGUUUGGGUGGUGGAUGUUUGAUUGUUGGAAGAAAAACAAAGCAACGAAUGCUAACGUGAAGAAUGUUUACAUGUUAGCCACUACAGUCUCUUCUAAAAUCCUGAAGGCAAUUGCACUUAAAGAAGGAUUUCAUUUUGAAGAAACAUUACCAGGUUUUAAAUGGAUUGGAAGCAGGAUAAAAGACCUCUUGGAAAACGGAAAAGAAGUCCUUUUUGCAUUUGAGGAGUCUAUUGGCUUCCUGUGUGGAACUUCGGUUUUAGAUAAGGAUGGGGUGAGUGCUGCCGUGGUUGUCGCUGAAAUGGCGUCUUACCUGGAAACCAUGAAUGUCACAUUGACACAGCAGCUGACUAACGUUUAUGAAAAGUAUGGUUAUCAUAUUUCAAAAACUUCAUAUUUUUUGUGUUAUGAUCCACCUACCAUAAAAAGUAUAUUUGAAAGGCUUCGCAAUUUCGAUUCUCCAAAAGAAUAUCCAAAAUUCUGUGGGAGAUUUGCUAUUUUGUAUGUACGGGACAUCACCACCGGGUUUGACAGCAGCCAGCCAAAUAAGAAAUCAGUGUUGCCUGUGAGCAAAAACAGCCAGAUGAUUACGUUCACCUUUCAAAACGGCUGCGUUGCUACUCUUCGGACGAGUGGGACAGAGCCAAAGAUAAAGUAUUAUGCAGAGAUGUGCGCCUCCCCUGAGCAGAGUGACCCAGCCUUACUGGAAGAAGAACUGAAGAAACUCAUUGAAGCACUAAUUGAGAAUUUUCUUGAACCCAGCAAGAAUGGACUGACCUGGCGUUCUGUGUAGUGGCACUGCCAUGCACCUUGUCCUUGCCCUGGCAUACAGAGCAGCGCAGCUGAGCGCUCCCAUUGUGUUGGACCCCAAGUUAGUCAUCUCUCUAUCCCACACAACCAAGUAUCUUUUUCCUUUUAUGUUCUGCCUUUUUGGUUAAGUGACUAAAUGUGCUGCAUAAAUUUCAAAUGAAAUAACCUAGAGAUAAAUGAUUCAGAUUUUUUUUAUCGUCUUCAAAGUCAUCACAUCAGAGGUAUUACAGUAAUGUUGUUCUUCCUGUAAUAGAAACAUGACAGUAUAAAAGUGAGUUUUCUUAUUAAAGUGUGAUUAAGCUUA